AAAUAUUAUUAUCAAAGAUAUAGGUUAUUUUCAAGAUUUGAUGAGGGUAUUAUAUUAGACGAAGAGUCAUGGUUUUCAGUAACUCCCGAGCUAAUAGCGCAACAUAUUGCUGAGAGAUGUAGAUGUGGUACUUUGGUUGAUGCAUUCUGUGGUUCUGGUGGUAAUGUUAUACAGUUUAGUUUUACAUGCAACUAUGUUAUUGCAAUCGAUAUGGAUCCUCUUAAACUGAUGAUGGCAAAACACAACUCUUUGGUUUAUGGUCAUACAGAACAAAACACCAAUAUUGAGUUUAUUAAUUCGGAUUCAACUAGGCUAUCAAAUUUAAAGGCAGAUGUUGUAUUUUUAUCACCACCCUGGGGUGGUCCAUCUUAUAUCAACUCCCAAAUAUUUUAUAUAGAUACUAUGGUACCAAAUGGCUUUGACAUUUUCAGAAAUGCAUUAAAGGUAACACCAAACAUUGCAUAUUUUUUACCAAGAAACACCAGCAAGUCAGAUAUAGCCAAGCUUUGUUUAAUUUCAAAAGAAAAUGGGGGUAGCGAAGAAUGUGAGGUAGAGGAAAACUAUAUAAACGAUAAAUUAAAAACCAUUACUCUUUACUUUGGCGCCUUGGCAAAUAAUAAUAAUAAUAGUAAUAAUGACUAUUACGAUGAAUAA